AGGAGUAUAUAUUAAUACUCCACAUCAGAACAUUGGAUCGCUACCAGACCCAGAAAAGUCUCUCUCUCUCUCCCUCUCUGUUCAACAUUUCCACUCUUGCUGAAUCUCGACCAUGGCUGGGGAAACCACAAGGGGAAAACCAUCCGGUACCCUUCCACUUGAUCGCCGGGUGGCAAUAGUAACCGGUGGCUCUCGUGGUAUUGGCCGUGCCAUUACGGUCCUUCUCCGAUCCCUCGGUGCCAGAGUUGUCAUCAAUUAUGCUUCAAAUUCCAACCAAGCUGACCUCUUAGCAUCCGAGCUCAACUCUGCGGUCAAUUCUUCUUCCCCUGUGGCAAUAGCAGUCCAAGCUGAUGUGUCGAACCCAGAACAGGUGAAAACACUCUUCGAUCGGGCAGAGGAAGAAUUUGGGUGCCAAGCUCACAUCCUUGUGAACUGUGCAGGGGUGUUGGAUCCAAAGUACCCAAGCCUAGCCAAUACAACAGUAGAAGACUGGGAUAUGAUACUCAAUGUUAACACCAAAGGCGCGUUCCUGUGUUGUCGAGAGGCAACUAACCGUUUGACACGCGGAGGCGGAGGAAGAAUCAUUAUGAUAACAACAUCACUUGUGGGGAGCCUGCUACCUGGGUACGCGGCUUAUGCAGCCUCAAAGGCGGCCGUGGAAACCAUGACCAAGAUUGUGGCUAAGGAGUUGAAGGGCUCAGGUAUCACUGCCAAUUGUGUUGCGCCGGGUCCGGUGGCGACGGAGCUGUUCUUCGCGGGUAAGACGGAGGAAAUGGUGAAGAGAAUUGCGGAUGCCUGCCCACUAGGUCGGCUAGGUGAGCCUGAUGAUAUAUCUGGGAUUGUUGGAUUCUUGGCUGGUGAUGCUGGGGAGUGGAUCAACGGCCAGAUCAUUCGUGCCAACGGCGGAUCUGUUGUUUAACCUUCCUCCCGGAGUCCCCCCCGUCUACUGCUAGGCUAAAAAGACUUCCAGUACUGUUUCUUCUUUUUUGUUUUUCGUCCGACUUCUCCACAUCUUCUUAACAGAAAUGCUAUCAGUAAUGACUAGAAACCAGAUACUCAUCCUGGCUUUACGUGUAAAGUAGAGAAAUAAUUACAUUAUGGACCAACAUUUUCAAUAGUUUUUAAACUAAUAAUAGUA